UCUUAUCUAAACGUCAUAACUCUUUGAAAUUGAGUAUCCGGACAAUCGUCGACAACUAACAUUCUGCUGUAUGAAUCUAGUAGAUUAAACUUUUGAUUAUUUUCAACAUAAACAUGGUCGUGUCGUUUUCUUUUGUACUCGCUGCGUCACUGGCAGUCGUUUGGGCUGCCGGAUGUAGCUCCGACGCCGACUGCCCCGGCGGUUGCUGCUAUUCGAACAACGUCAACCCCCAUAGUAAAUGCUACUCGGUAUCCAAUGAUACCCAACCUUGUCAUCUCCCCAACCAUCAGGUCAACCACAUGCUGUACCCAUGCGGUUGCUCCUCAGGCCUUACAUGUGACGCCAUCCAUUUUGAUCCAUCGUUACCGGACCCAAUCCACGACGCAGAGAUGCUCCUGCUCGGUCACGGAUAUGGUCUCUGUACAUCGACACCCGGAACAAUCUUUGGAUAAAAGUAUUGUCUAUUAAAUGUUAUAUUGAAAAAAUAUAAUGAUUACUUUCAAA